AUGAAAACAGCAGAAAUUGAGAUUGAAGAACAAAAGUCUUCCUCAAGGCAACCAUAUUUGAUCAAUAUAAGAUAAUAUGCACUGAAGCUAGAGGUCUUUUUUGAGGUUACUUGGGAAUGA